AUGGCAAUGCUGAUGCGCACGCAGUCUGCGCUAGGUUAUCGCAAGUCGUUCUUCCCAUUACCUCUAGCGCUGGUUUGCCUUGCCAAGCCAACCUCUACGGCAAGCGGGAAUUCCCAUCUCUCAAGUUCUCCAUCUAAUCCCCGGGAGGCAUGGCCAUCUAAGGCCCCGUUCCCCAAUUCGCGGUGGUCAGCCCCGUGGCCCCCUUCAAAAACGAAGCCCCGUCGGCCAGUCAUCGACUAG